UUUGUUGAUGCCAUAAAUGAAUACUGUUGUAUUUCCAGGACUCUGACGACGAGAUCUCUCACCUAGAAUGGGAGACUGUCCGUGUGCGUUUCGUGAAGGCGGGCACCCUGAAGCGUCUGGUGGAGGCCCUGUCCACAGACGACGGGGAGCUAGAGACCACCUAUGUGAAUGUCUUCCUUGCCACCUACAGGAGUUUCUCGACGCCCGCAGAGGUGCUCAGGCUGCUCAUAGAGAGGUAUGCGGAAUUGGAUAGCGGCGCGGCGGGGAAGGGCGACCAAGCGGACCAACAUAAAAAGACUUUAAUAUCUGCGCUCCACGUAUGGCUAGAUAGUUAUCCCGAAGACUUUAAAGACCCGCCCAAUUAUUCAGCUUUAAAUCAACUGUUACAUUUUUGUGAAGAGUACCUACCCUCUACCGAAUUGGAUGCCAAAGUACGACAUAGGAUAGAAAGGUAUAGUAGAGAAGCGUAUGUAGACCCUUUGCUUGCCCCUCCACCAGCAUUUGCGAUGCGUUCAGUUGCGAACCAUUGGAGGAUAUACAAAUUACCAGAUGUACCUGUCAGACAUUUUGCUGAACAACUUACCAGAAUGGAUGUUGCUUUAUUCAAGAAGCUCAUCCCUCACCAAUGUUUAGGGGCAGUGUGGUCUCGUAGAGACAAGAGUCGAUCUCACGACGCGGCAACUGUCCUAGCAACUGUCAACCAGUUCAACGCUGUCUCAUUCAGAGUGAUCUCCUCCAUCCUAGUCGAACCGACACUCAAAACGCACGAGAGGGCUGCCAUAUUGGCAGCAUGGAUCGAUAUCGCUCAGGAGUUAAGGCUCAUUAAGAACUUCAGCAGUUUGAAAGCUAUCAUCAGCGGACUGCAGAGUAAUCCCAUAUACAGGUUACAAAAAACGUGGCAAGCUGUUUCCAAAGAAAAAAUUGAGGUCUUCGAUGAAUUGGCACGAAUUUUUAGUGAAGAUAAUAACCAAAUGGCACAACGUGAACUGCUUAUGAGGGAAGGUACAGCAAAGUUCGCUGAUACCGUUGGCGAAAAUGAUAAACAUUUACAAAAGGUGCUGCAAAAACAGAACAACCACAUAGCAAACAUAUCCUUCGGUACGAUACCCUAUCUGGGAACUUUCCUUACUGAUCUCACCAUGAUCGACACAGCGAUACCUGACACGAUAGCAGAUGGUUUGAUUAACUUCGAUAAGCGCAGAAAAGAGUUCGAGGUGUUGGCACAGAUUAAACUGCUGCAAGGUGCUGCCAACGCUUACAACUUUUCUGAGGAUCCUGCAUUCGACAGGUGGUUUGACACGAUUUUGGUGCUCGAUGAUAAGGAAGCAUACCAUCUUAGUUGUCAAAUUGAACCUGGAGGAGCAAAUAAUAGUGCGAAGGUUAAAAAGCGAGCUCCUGGUCAUCAGAAGACGGACUCGAUAGCAUCGACCAGUAGUAGUAACAGUUCCCAGUUUUAUUGUGAUGUAGAUAGUACUCCAGGUUCUCCCCGAAAUGGAGUAGAUCGUAAGUUGAGUCCUUCACAAAUGUCCAGUUCCAGUAGCACAUCCAGCUUGCCAUCACUAGACGCAUCUUUAAAUAGCUCACAUUCAGGAAGCGCCAACAAUAAGUUACAGGUACCUUGUAACAAUAGUUCUGGCACCUUAAGUAAUCAUUCUCAAAAAAGCAGCCCAGACUUCUAUAUAAUAAAGGUGACCUAUGAGACUGACAGCACUGAAACAGAUGGUGUGGUGCUUUACAAAAGUAUUAUGCUGAGCAACAAUGAGAGGACACCGCAAGUUAUCAGGAAUGCCAUGUACAAAUUAGGACUGGAAGGGAACCCUGAUCAGUAUACUCUUGCACAAGUUUUGCCCGAGAAAGAAAUGGUUCUUCCACAAAACUGCAACGUUUACUAUGCGGUGAACACGCAGUAUAACCUCAAUUUCAUCCUACGUCCUAAGAAACCAGAAGAGUCCGAUAACUCAGGGAAGAAUUCCAAGAGUAAAUAUAGGUUGUAGUAAAAAUUGAACAUUGAUAAGAUAAACUUCGUAUUAGUAAGGGAGCCAAAGGUAGACUUUAAUAUUUAUAUUAUCUGUUCCUUCACAAUUUCAAUUUAGGUAUAAAAAAUAGUUCAUAAUAAUGUUAAUAUUUGUCCGCUACUGUAUUACUAUCAUUUCUGACUUACAUCCUUCUUAUGUCCAGAAGUUCUACUGAACGCUGUGUUUGACACAGAUGUUCGAGCUGUCAAUGACAAAUACGAAACAAAUUAACAUCUGUGAUACCAGCACAAAAUACUCUCUAUCUCUUUCUGUUCUGAAGUUCGCAGCUUGAACCAGGAACGUUUCUUUAAUAUUUAUUUUUUAUGUUACUUUUUAAAAGCAAUAUUCAGUUCAGGUGAUUUGAUAUUAUGUUUCGGAGGUGACAGAUGUUGAAUAAUACACAUGUUUUGACUAAAAAGUUUGGAGGCAGGCAGUAUCACUUUACGUACAUAAUUUAGCAAUUUCAAUUAAAAUAAUAAUUGGAAGGAAUCUCUAGACAAAAUAUCAAAUUGCUUGAUGUAACAAUUUUUUAACUUAUUUUGUACAUUACGUAACUAUGUCAUUAACCAGCCUUCUUUAUGCAUUUUUAGUACAAAUAGAUGCCUGGAUUUUUUUCGAAAAUUUAGAUGACUGGUUAAUAAUGUGUAUGCUUAUUUUGAAGCAAUUAUUUGUAAAGAUGAAUGUAUUGCUUUAGUUAUUAUUGGUAGAUAUUAAACAAAUUCUAUUUAAACGCCAAUUUUUGAAUAAUAUGUGAAGCAAUUCUGACGUCUGGUAUCUAUAUUCAGUGCACUACAAUUUUUGCAUACUAUUUAAUAAAAAUAUUUUAUCAUUUUGUCUGAAAAUAAUGAUUAUUUGAUAUUACAUUUACCAAUUUUAACUAGGGUAUUUCGUUUUCUGCCAUUGUAAACGAUUUUGUUGAAUAAAUGUGUAGGAAAAUGAACCAUGUGUAGACCUAGUUUUAAGUAUGCCCUGUAUAUAUUAGGACCACUACUGUUUUCCAAGUGACCAACUCGAAUUUUUUUCAUCUGAUCAAGUAUUGUAACCCAGUUUACAUGAACAAAUUGUGAAUGUGUAACCCCUAUUGGUACUUAAAUGUAAAAAGUGCUUUUAUAAUACUAUAAGAAAGUUUUUAUCGUAAUUUUUCUAAUAAAUGCC